CGCCGUCACCCCUCCCCCUCCGUAUAAAUACCACACCCUCAACCUUCGCCAUCUUCCAAAAUUUCUGGCACCGAUUCCAGAUUCUCGUAUCCCGUUUUCUCGCCGAAAUAUCAACAACGCCACUCAUCGCUAAUCACCGCUUCAUCGUUCUCGCUUAUUAGUUCGCUUCGGAGCUCCAAAAAUGGAAAGCUAAAUCGAAGGAAAAAAAAUUGGAUUUCACAUCACAUCAAAUCACAUCGUAUCGUAUCCAAGCCAAGUCAAUCCAAUCGAAUCGAAUCCACCGUUCGUUAAUAUCAGAUCCCAAACGCAGCGCAUUUAAUUUGAUUGAUAGAUUGUAGUAGGAGGGAGGAUUUUGAUUUUGAUAAAAGGCGGAUAGUGCGUUGGACAUAUGAAGAUGGUGCAUCUGCGAGAGGUGCGACAAAAGAAGAAGAAGCUGUUGAACGUUUGCUUGCUAAGUCGUUUUCGAAUAUUACCUCUCUUCGCACCCUCCGACAAACAUUGAUUCCUCAUUCAAACCCAUUCUGUUUUUCCGCAAUCCCAAAAACACGUACCCUCGCUCUCAUUCUCUCUCUCUCUAUCUCUAGGUCAGUCAGUCAGCCGCUUUUGGUUUUCGGGUGUGCCUCGGAGAACGGGGAUUGAUGUGAUUUACACAAAAGAUAAAGAGAGAAUCGAAAGAAUAUAUUAUAGACAUAAGGAGGGUGUAAUUAAAAAGAGUAAAGAAAGAUGUUUACGUGUAUAGCGUGUACGAAGCAAACGACGGAUGAGAGGGAGGAAGAAGGAGGAGUCCGUGAGAGUGGCACGCCGAGUACAAAAGAAGCUGUCAAAAGCCUGACCACACAGAUAAAGGAUAUGGCACUGAAGUUUUCAGGUGCUUACAAACAAUGCAAACCCUGCACAGGGUCCAGUAGCUACAAGAAAGGACAUAGACCAUAUCCAGACUUCGAUACCAUCUCAGAAGGGGUUCCAUACCCUUACAUUGGGGGUGCAAGCUCAAGUUCAACCCCCGCUUGGGACUUCACAACCUCUCACUACCCUGGUGGUAGAUCAGACCCACGAUUUGCUGGGGCAUUUGGUGGUGACCGCACGCCUAGAGGACGAGACUCAGCAUCAGUUUGUGAUGUAGUCUUAGAGGACGAGGAUGAGCCUAAGGAGUGGAUGGCAGUGGUGGAACCAGGGGUUCACAUUACCUUUGUGUCUCUUCCUAAUGGGGGAAAUGAUCUUAAAAGAAUUCGCUUCAGCCGAGAGAUGUUUAAUAAAUGGCAAGCGCAAAGAUGGUGGGGCGAGAAUUACGACAGAAUCAUGGAACUUUAUAACGUACAGAGAUUUAAUCGACAGGCGCUCAACACUCCUCCAAGGUCUGAGGACGAGCCAAGAGAUUCUACCUUCUCAAGAUUGACAUCUGCACAGGAAAGUCCCAUGCCGUCAAACAAGGAUUGGACCCCCAGGAGUCACUAUAAACCUUCUGGGAGCAGAGGAUAUUACCCCUCUGAACCGUUGGAUCAUGGUGGAGGUGGUGGCCACUUGCAUGCUGGGCCAUCUAUGGAACCAGCAAGGGAUACUACUGCUUCUAGAGAUGAGCCUUCUAUCAGCAAUGCCAGUGAAAUGGAGGCAGAAUGGGUAGAACAAGAUGAGCCUGGGGUUUACAUUACAAUCCGGCAGUUAGCUGAUGGGACCAGGGAGCUUCGACGUGUCAGAUUCAGCCGGGAAAGAUUUGGUGAGGUGAAUGCGAAAACAUGGUGGGAAGAAAACAGAGAGAGAAUACAAGCUCAAUACCUUUGAAGUGUAUUCCUAAGAAAAAGUGGAAUCCGAAAUUUUGUCUCCAAGAGAAUGUAAGGGUAUGACUCCAGAUUAAGGAGUGGAGUCAGUCCUAUACAGAAAACUGGACUUCCCACCAUCUGUUAUGGUCUCUGACGGGAUAGUGCAAAUCAGGGAUUUAGUUUUGUGGUGACUCCAUUUUUGCCAAGUAUCAGUCGCCAUUGGAUUGGGAGGUCUAAUCUUUAUUACAAAUCACAUAUAUAUUUUUUAUCCUCCUAAUUUUCCUUCCUUGCUUUCUUUUCAUUUUAAGGGAUACCUUUUUUCUCAUCACGAUUGCUGUUCCAUUAAUUUAUCACCAUUUGUUUAUUUUUUAUCUCCCAAGUGGAACUGUGUUGUAGCUGCUUACCAAAUGAUUGCCUCUUAUAACGUGAGAUCAAAGAAAUUAAGAAAAACAGUGGUAUUUAUUAAUGCAUGAUUUAAGAUAUUCUAGUA